AUGGCUCACGUUUCUCAACCUGCUCUCUCUGAAGGCCUCAAGAGGGUACAAGAAUCCAUCAUGGCAUCCGCAAACACCGCCACUGGUGGUUCCAACAGCACCAGCAACCCUAAGAUCGCCCAGCUUGAGGAGCAUUCCAGGACGCCCGACCAGGACUCGCGGCUCACAACCGACUACGGCGUCAAGCAGAACAACACAGAUGAUUGGCUCCGUAUUGUUAGCGACGACCAUACUGGUCCGGGACUACUCGAAGAUAACGCUUCUCGUGAGAAGAUCCACCGAUUCGAUCACGAGAGGAUCCCAGAAAGAGUUGUUCACGCAAGGGGUGCAGGUGCACACGGUGUCUUUCGCCUGAAGGAGGCCAUCCCUGAACUCACCCAUGCCGGAUUCCUUACCGACACGUCUCGCGAGACACCCAUCUUUGUCCGCUUCUCUACAGUCCUCGGUAGCCGCGGCAGUGCCGACACUACGCCAUCAAAUUCACCGAUGUCAUCCAUGCAAGCAAGCCCGAGCCUGACAAUGAGGUCCCUCAAGCUCAGUCCGCCCAUAACAACCAUUGGGAUUUUGUUGCACUGUAGGUUUAUGUCUUCUCGUGAGUUCUUUAGUUCAAGGCUGACAGGCGCUAGCCACACCGAGGCAACCCACAUGUCGCAGUGGACUAUGAGCGACCGCUCGAUUCCUCGUUCAUACCGUAUGAUGCAGGGAUUUGGCGUCAACACUUACACCCUCAUCAACGACAAGGGAGAGCGCCACUUCGUCAAGUUUCACUGGACACCUGAGCUUGGCGUCCACUCCCUCGUGUGGGACGAGGCCCUCAAGUUGGCCGGCCAGGACCCCGACUUCCACCGGAAGGACCUCAUGGAGGCCAUCGAGAAUGGCGCGUACCCGAGGUGGAAGUUUGGUAUUCAGGUGCUGCCUGAGUCGAGAGAGCACGAGUUUGACUUCGAUAUCCUCGAUGCCACUAAGCUCUGGCCCGAAGAUGAUGUACCCAUCCGCUAUAUCGGAGAGCUCGAGCUCAACCGCAAUGUCGACGAGUACUUCCCCGAGACUGAGCAGGUCGCUUUCGCCACUGGCCAUGCUGUUCCUGGCAUUGGCUUCUCCGAUGACCCCCUUCUGCAGGGCCGGAACUUCUCCUACUUUGACACCCAGCUCUCGCGCCUUGGCGUGAACUGGCAGGAGCUUCCCAUUAAUAAGGCCGUCUGCCCCGUCAUGAGCAACAACAGAGAUGGCGCAAUGCGUCAUACCAUCACCAAGGGCAAGGCUAACUAUUGGCCCAACCGCUUUGAAGCGAACCCUCCAGCGGCCAAGGCUGAGGGUGCGUACAUUGAGUACCAGCAGAAGGUAGCUGGCAUUAAGGCGCGCACCAAGAGCGCCAAGUUUAAGGAGCAUUACAAUCAGGCUCAGUUGUUUUACAACAGCAUGUCUCAGGUGGAGAAGAACCACAUGGUCGCUGCCUUCUCCUUCGAACUCGACCACUGCGAUGAUCCCAUUGUCUACGAACGAUACACUCAGCGCCUCGCCGACAUUGAUCUCGGCCUCGCUCAAGCCGUCGCCGAGCAGGUUGGCGGUCCCAUUCCCCAGAAAGCCGGUCGUCCGAACCAUGGUAAGAAGGCCAGUGGCCUCAGCCAGUUUGAUUACAUACCGUCGACGCCAACAAUCGCCUCGCGCCGCGUCGCCAUCGUCAUCGCUGACGGCUACGAUGCCACAGCCUUCAACGCCGCCAAGGCCGCAGUCACAGCUGCGUCGGCACUGCCCUUCGUCAUCGGUACCCGCCGCUCGGAAAUUUACCCCGCCGGUGCCGAAAAGAAGCCUGGCAACGGCGUGGUGCCGGCGCACCACCUUGAGGGCCAGCGGUCGACCAUGUUCGACGCCCUCUUCCUCCCCGGCGGUGAGGAGUCAUUCAAGACUCUGCGCAAGAGCGGUCGUGCCAUGCACUGGAUCCGCGAGGCGUUUGGACACCUCAAGGCCAUCGCCGCCACGGGCGAGGCUGUCGAGCUCGUCAAUGCUGCCAUUGCGCUGCCGGAGAUCAAGGUCUCGCAGGGUGGAGUUGAGGAGAACUACGGCGUCAUCACACUGAAGGACGUCAAGCAUGACAGUCUUAAAGAGAAGGUCGAGAUUGCUAAGGACGGUGCUGGAUUCCUCGAGCAGUUCUUCUAUGCCAUUUCGCAGCAUCGUGCUUGGGCGCGUGAGCUCGAUGGGCUGAAUGUCCAGGUAGCCUACUAG